UCUCAACCAGAAUAGAUCUCAACCUUUCCUCCGACACACACUGAAGAGGAGGCUUGAGAGUCCGCUGUCUUCUUUAGUACUUUUUAGGAAAUACCAACUUUCUACUUUUGGUUUGCAGAAAUUGCAAAACGUACCAGUUUAGGUACAGAGUGAGCCUUUUUUUUCCGUUAUGGACGUCCAAAGAACGGGAUCUCUAGUUCGGCCACCCAGCCCCAUGGACAGUCUGGAGAAACAGCUGAGCUGCCCCAUCUGCCUGGACAUGUUCACCAAACCCGUGGUGAUCCUGCCCUGCCAGCACAACCUGUGCCGAAGCUGCGCCAGCGACCUCUACGACUCGCGCAACCCUUACCGCUUUUCGGGUGGAGUCUUCCGCUGCCCUACCUGCCGAUUCGAGGUCGUGCUCGACCGACACGGCGUGCACGGCCUCCAGCGCAACUUGUUGGUGGAAAAUAUCAUUGACCUCUAUAAGCAACAACAGGAACUUAGUAGCAGUGGAAGCACAGAAAAUACCCUGAAGCCUAAAGAAUCGAAAGAGCCCAUGUGCCAAGAACAUGAGGAUGAGAGAAUUAACAUCUACUGCGUGACCUGCCAGACUCCCACCUGCUCCAUGUGCAAAGUGUUUGGCCAGCACAAGACCUGUGAGGUGGCGCCUCUAGAUACGAUCUACACGGCUCAGAAAGGUGAAUUGAGCAAUGCCAUUGAUACCCUGGUGGCUAGCAAUGGCCGUCUUCAGUCCCUGCUGAACCAGAUGGAAGAUGCGUGCCGGGCCGUACAAGACAAUUCUCAGCUAGCUAAACAACAGCUGGCUGAACGCUUCGACCUCUUAUAUGCCGUACUUGAAGAGCGCAAGACUUUCUUACUGGAGCAAAUUGGAAAAGAGCAGGAUGAAAAGGUGGCGGCUCUGAGGGCACUGGCUCAACAGUACGGCGAGCGCCUGCAGGCCAGCUCCGAGCUAACAGACACAGCGGUGAGGGCUCUGGAGCAGAACGGAGCUGCCGAGUUCCUCCUGGCUUCCAAAGGCCUCAUCACCCAGACCAAAGAUGCAGCCAAGUCCUCACUUGGAGAAGACAGACCAGAGCCAGGCUUUGAGAAAAUGGACCACUUCACUUUGUCAACGGAGCAUGUUGAAGCAGUCCUUGUAAAAAUGGACUUUGGAGUAGGCGAUGAGGAAUUUGAGGAUGCGGAAGAUGAAGAGGAAGAGGAAGAGUAAUCAACCUGUUGUAAAGUGAUGGACAUUGUAAUGUGCUUUUGGAUGUUUUUGAAAUCUGAGUGCUUUUUACAAAGACUUUUGAGUUAGAUAUUGAUUGAAAUCUAAGGCUAUGGUGGAUGUGGGCUGAAAUGACUAUCAGUGAAAUAUUUUUCUUUAAAAGAGAGGAGACACGGCCUUCUUUCACAAGUCAUAAUUUUCUCUGGUAUAAAUGAGAUGUUUUUGAUUUAUCUUGGCCAAAAUUCUACUUAUAUACAGCAGCACCUUGUUCAACCAUGUACUACAACUCUGUUCAUAGCAGCUGGUUUUAGGGGGCACAGUCUCUCCUGCAGGGUGUACCUCUUAAUAAAUCAGGCUUGCAGUUAGUGCUACCCACUUUUGAAGUACAGUAAGUACAUGGUGAUGUUGGAUGGAAGCUCAGACCUGGUUCAGUCCUGGAACCAGAACCCUGUAGAUGUAACUGGCUCACUCAAUGACCUAUAUUUAGACUGGGGCAGUACAAAGAAGGUCAUAGGGCUGUUAUGUUGGAGUUGUUGAGUUAUUACAACAGACACCCAACUGCAUGCUCUUAAGUAUAGGGAAAAGAAAUCCUCAUAUGUCUUCUUUGAUGCCAUGUUAUUAUCCUUUCCUAACUUUUAUUUAUAUAUAUACUUUUGUAUUUCAAAACCAGUUAAAUUCGGAUUCAUGUUUUAGUGAUUGUACAUACGAAUUAUCCAAAGACUGAUUGCACAUGAUUAUCUGUAUAGCUUUUGGAAAUACUUGUUUCUUUUCUCACUUUGUUAAUUUGAUAAUGAACAUAAUGUUAAUUCAUUGGAUAUUUUACUGGUAGCUGUAAUAAAGUUGCAUGAAGUUUAUACCCACAUUGCGCUGUUGUAAAGUUUACUUUAACCUAUCUUAAAGUAAGGAGACGUAUAAAGAGGGGAAAACCCUGAAAUGAUACCCAGUCCGUCAACUGUUUUAAAAAUAAAAGCCCUUGUCCUGCCA